ACCGUCGGAGGAGGGUUUGAGUGCUGUCGUUAGUUAAUUUGAUUGGAACCGUCUGUGACAGUUGUUUAGUGUUGUUUGUGCAGCAUAAGGUGAAGGACAGCUGUGGAGACAAGCAGGAAAGAAGGUCAGCAGAUUAGGCUAGGAAAAGGAAAUCCAGAGCAACAGCAGCUGAACGAGAGCGUUCGGUACAAAUUAGAUGUGGUGUAGUCUCGUGUUUAGAGAUAUCAUACUUUCUAGAGCUACAUUUUUCAUCGAUCGAUUUCGGCUCCGAUUCGUAACAUAUGGAACGUUUUUGUAGUCAAACCGAAAAGAUUCAAAUUGAAACUGUUCACUGAAAAAACUAAUUGAUAUUUCAAGAGAAGUACGAAACGAGAAGUGAAGACAUUUGGUGUACAUUUCGACUGUAUGUGGAAAAAAUGAGUCGAUAGACUUUUACUUCGUGCAGAAGGAACCAACAAAGAGUGUGAUCACAGUGGUUGGACUUGGUUAAUCGCUUAAUGAAAGUUUAAUUAAUUUAAUCGAAGAAAUCUACUCAAGUGCGUCGAAAAAUUUGAAAAUUACCUAGCGAAACAGCAGCGGAAGUUAUAAUCGGUUUGUUUUCAUGAGAUACUCACCUUUGGAUUAAGAACCUGACGAAGGAAGUGAAACGUAGCGAGGCGUGUCAAAAGAGGUCUGAGAGGAAAGAACAUCUGCCCCUGGAAAGACGGCCAGGAAACGUAGAGCGUACACACGCAAAGGUGCACCCAGUUGUGGCGGUAACAAGAGCGCAGCGCAGCAAACUAAAUACACACCGGAAAAGCGGAGAGAAACAAGAAAACCAUAAAAACAGCGGACGGGCGUGAUACGGUAUUGGUUCCUAAAAUCGUGCAGUCGUACGUUUAUGACCUACUCCAAUAAGGCAGUGUGAGGAGCAAAAGGGCACGUGUUUCGUCGUCGGUGGCAAACCAGUUAAAGAUCUCAGCAAAACUCGAUUCAUCCAUCACUAUGCAGGUAGAAAAUGCAGCCAAGUGGCGCGUGCCACCACUUGACCUUUCCGCGGUUAGUGUGCUCUCGAAUGAAAGCGAUCGUCGCUGGAACAACAACAACAACAACAACAAUCACCAUCAUCAGCUUCCACAUCACCAUCAUCAUCAUAAUCAUUCGAGUAAUGCCAGCUCAGGUCAGGCACCUCCACCCCCACCGAAAAAAAUUCAAUACGGUACCGAUGGUCUCCCGAUCGACCCUCGGGACUGGACCCGAGCUAAUGUUUGGACCUGGUUGAUCAACCUUGCCCAGUCGGAAGGGUUAGACAUCAGCCCAGAGCUGGCACAGAAGUUCCCCAUGAACGGAAAGGCUCUCUGUCUGAUGAGUCUGGAUAUGUACCUCAGUCGAGUGCCGAUUGGUGGCAAGAUGUUGUACCGUGACUUUCGAGUGCGGCUUGCUAGAGCUAUGAGUUUAUAAGUUUCAUUAAAACCCUAUCAUAUAAUCAUUUACAACGUUAAGACAAGCAUCCAAAAUCCGAAUAUUGCUAAGGUUUAUUUUAAGUGUGUUAUAUUCUUCAUAAUUUAAAACAAUCCAUUAUUCUGUUAGACUCGCGGUUACCAAUUUAGCUGACUUCCAAAGUUCCAAGUGUUGCUUUUUCAUCGUUACUUGAAUCUAAGUAGAAAAGGUGAAUUAGCAUGUAAUAACUAACCUAACCAAUUUAAAUAAGAGCCAAAACCCAUAGACAAAGGUUUACUUAUGUAUGAGUAUAUAGUUUACCCGAUAAACAGUAUUUUUUAUUUUACAUUUAAAUGAUGAAUUAGAAGGAACUCCGACGCUGGUGUCCCUAACUUAAUUACAAAUAUGUAAAUAGCAUUUUUAGAGUUAAGUUAUCUAGUCAAUAAAUGAA